AUGGAGACGUCCCUGGAGUUGGCCAACACGACCAGAGUCCAGGAGUUUAUCCUGCUGGGUUUGUCCACCAGGCCAGGUAUAAGACAUGCUCUAUUCACCGUCUUCCUGACCCUCUACCUGCUGACCCUCCUGGAGAACACGCUCAUCGUCUACCUCGUCUGCACGCACAGCGAGCUCCGCAAGCCCAUGUACUUCUUCCUGGGCAACCUGAGCUGCCUGGAGAUGUGCUACGUGUCUGUGACCAUGCCCAGCCUGCUCGUGGGGCUGUGGGCGGGGCCCUGCCCCGUGCCCUUCACAGCCUGCAUGACCCAACUCUUCUUCUUCAUUGUAUUAAUAUGCACCGAGUGCACUCUCCUGGCCUCCAUGGCCUAUGACCGCUAUGUGGCCAUCUGCCGCCCGCUCCACUACCCACUGCUCAUGCGGCCCCAGGUCUGCCUGGCCUUGGCCUUGUGCUCGUGGCUUGGUGGCCUUCUGGUCUCAGUGGCCAAGACCACAUGCAUCGCCAGCCUCUCUUACUGUGGCCCCAAUGUCCUCAACCAGUUUUUCUGUGACGUCUCCCCUCUGCUCAACCUGUCCUGCACGCACGUGGCCCUGACCGAGUUGGUGGACUUCAUCUCGGCCAUUGUCAUCUUCUGUGGGACGCUGCUAGUGGCCCUGGUCUCCUAUGCAGCCAUCGGGGUGGCUGUGUUCCGCAUGCCCUCAGCCGCGGUCCGCCGCAAAGCUCUCUCCACCUGUGCCUCCCACCUGGUGGUGGUGGGCAUCUUCUACUCCGCCGCCCUCUUCAUCUACUGCCGCCCCAGCCGCAUCAAGUCCAUGGACCUCAACAAGGUGCUGUCGGUCAUCUACACGGUGGUCACCCCCAUAUGCAACCCCAUCAUCUACUGCCUGCGCAACAAGGAGGUCCACGCGGUGCUGAGGAAAACGCUCCACCUGCCUUGA